AUGGCACCAAGAACUAGAGUUUUCUUCGACAUCACCAUUGCUGGAAAAGCUGCUGGCCGUAUCGUUAUGGAAGUAAGUUUCUUUUUUUUAAAUCUUAUUUUCACUGUUGUGAAAAUUUUGCAGCUGUACAACGAUAUCGUUCCAAACACGGCUGAGAACUUCCGGGCCCUGUGCACUGGCGAGAAGGGCAUCGGAAAGUCUGGCAAGCCUCUCCACUUCAAGGGAUCGAAGUUCCAUCGUAUCAUUCCAAACUUCAUGAUCCAAGGAGGAGACUUUACUCGUGGAAACGGAACUGGCGGUGAAUCUAUUUACGGCGAGAAGUUCGCUGAUGAGAACUUCAAGGAGAAGCACACCGGACCUGGAAUCUUGUCUAUGGUUCAUUAACCUUCAUAUAAAUUUUUUGAUUUUGCAUAUUUUCAGGCCAAUGCUGGACCAAACACCAAUGGUUCUCAAUUCUUCCUUUGCACUGUGAAGACUGAGUGGCUCGACGGUAAGCACGUCGUUUUCGGCCAUGUCUUGGAAGGAAUGGAAGUCGUGAAAGCUGUCGAAGUCAAAGGGUCUCAGUCCGGAAAGCCCACUUCUGAGUGCGUCAUUGCCGAUUGCGGACAGUUGUAA